AUGGGGAACUCCUGCUCGUCAGCCUCCCCUGUAUGGGCUACCGACGACAACCUUGGGAUUGACGCGUCGCGGACCAGAUACUCGCACCACCGCGUCACACGCUUCGCGCAGCUCCAUGGCAAGACUGCGGAUCGCCGGGCUAAGAAAGCCGACACCGAAGCUCCCAAUACCGCGGAAGCGGGUCACGGUUCUGAUGCGUCGGGUGCGGCUGAUGUGGCGGGAAAGGACCGAAAUGUGAAGGCUAGGUCUCACAGUAAACCUCGCAAGAUUGAGCAGAAGCUGUUUAUGAGGGGUGCGUAUGCGAAGAUGGCCGAUGCGGCGAAACCCACGGAAGCGGAAGGCUCGUUGGAGGCGAAAUACGACGUGGGGAAGUUGCUGGGAUCAGGGAAGCACGGCGCUGUGCGUGUUUGCUGGCCGAGGGAGAAGUUCUUCAAAGAGCAACCCGAGCAAUCCGUUUCCUUUUCCUCGCCGCUUCCGUGCUCGUCGGAGUCUCCCUUAUCCUUUGCAUCCUCUCCCUCGUCGCCUUUCGGAUUUGAGUCAUUGUCGGCUGGCCUCAGCAGUGGCGUGGAUGUGCUGACGCGGAUGCAGGGACAUCCGAGCGUGGUGCGGCUGUACGACGUGGUGGACGACGCGCAGUACACGCACAUCGUCAUGCAGCUCUGCCAGGGGCCCAGCCUCAAGGACCGCAUCGCGCAGCAGGGCGCCAUGAGCGAGCGGGAGGCGGCGCGGGUGAUGCGAUCGGUGGUGAGCGUGCUGGCGUACUGCCACGACCGCGGCAUCGUGCAUCGCGAUGUCAAGGAUUGCAACUUCAUCUUUCUCUCCAGUGACCCUGCGUCUCCCCUCGUCGCCAUCGACUUCGGACUCGCCACCUUCUAUUCGCCAGACAAGCGGUUGCACGAGGUGGCAGGAAGUCCGUGCUUUGUGGCGCCUGAGGUGCUGAGGGUGCGCGGAGGAGGAGGGUACGGGCCCGAGGCAGACGUGUGGAGUGCGGGCGUGCUGCUGCACCUGCUGCUCGCUGGCAGAGUGCCCUUCGAUGGAGUUACGAUCAUGGAUGUGUUUAGGGCUGUGGCAUCUGCUCCUCUGGACCUGGCGUCUCCCCCUCUGCAGUCGCUGUCACCAGAGGCCAAGGAUCUACUCACGCUCAUGCUCUGCCGUGAUGUUAGCAAGCGGCCCUCGGCGCAUGACAUCCUCCGUCACCCAUGGAUGGUGCAAGACUUAGAUGUGCAAGACUCAGAUUAA